CCACUGAGCCAUGACGGAAACUCCAAAGCAUAACCUUUUGACAAACUGCAAGCUUCUAUUUUUUAAUGAGUUUUCUAUAGUUAAUUUUGAAAUCCCAAACAUAACUAAUGUGAUUCCUUAGGAAUAAAAUGCAAAUGGGACAGAACUGAUGAUAUAACUCUGAGAACUACACUAAAUUGAGAACAAAAGAAAAGCAUUCAGUGAAGUCCUAGAGAGAAGAGAAUGAUGAGAGAUUCAGAGUAGAGAAAAAUAAUGGACAAGAAUGAAGACAGUUAUUUUAAAAGGAUCAACAGUUUCAAAGGCAGCAAUAGUGACAAAUAAGACUGUAAAUAUUCAACUGGACAUUCAACUAGAAUUAUGGACCUAUGCAAGUAAGCUAAAAAAUGAUAAUAAUGGGUAAUUGAAUCUAAAUUCAAAACUAACAUCUUAGAAGAACUUCCAUCUCACUUUCUCUAAGAUUGUCCUUAUUUCAUGCAAUAAAAUAAGACUUUUUUUUUAAACCAAAGCAAUCACUGAAAGAUUCCUGAACAUAGUCAUUACCUUUUAUUGAACAUUUCUUAUAUCUUGGGCACUGUUAAAUAUUUUAGAUAUAUUACUUAGUCUUUAGCCCAAUAAAUUAAACCUUAUAUUUACGUAUCUUACAGAUGGGCAACUGGGGGUUUAGAAAGUUUAAUUCAAAAGCUACACACAGAGUAUGUUUUAGUCACUAUAUAUUUUUUGAGAACAUUAAUAUCAAUAUCAGGAUUUCUUCUUAAUCCUCUUCAUUAUUUUGUUAACAGGCAUUAUUUCUCCAAGGGGAAAAAUAAGUCUAGGAAACUAAAGAGAAGACAGAGAAGAAUCUCAAUUGGUGACACUUUUUUCAGCUUCAUUUAUACCUCAAUUUUGAGACACUCAGUUAAUUUAGGAAUUAACAGAACGGUUACAAGACAGAUGGUAGAAACUACCAAAGAUUUUUUAUUUAAGAGUAUUUCUCAUCCAUGGAAUCUAGCUAAAAGACUCUAUCAGUUACUGAAACAUCCCCUCAAGCUAACUGCUUUCAGAAAGACCUGUAUGACUAGCACAAGAUGGUGCCACUAGCAUAUUAUGAUCAACACUUUGUGCCACUAGAACAAUCUUACCAACUGGCCACAACCAGCUCAUUAACACAUCAAUACACAGAUGAAAAACUAAAUCAUCCCAAUAGCCAAUCUGUGAUCAGAGUACAAUCUCAUAGUAAUAACCUUGCAGUGCCUCUGCUAAACGCUAACCAGAAGGUGCAGAAAUCCUCACUAUUGCCCUCUGCAAAGUCUCAGGACACAAUUUCUGGGGACUUCUAUAACAGGGUUCUGAAAUCACCAUUAUCUCACUGCAAACGUCAGGCCACGCCUUCACUACACCUCCGUCAGAGAACUUCAGCGUGGACUAAUAAGAGAACCCUAAGCUCGCCUUUGUCCCACUCCAAACCUCAUAUAACAUCUUCACUUGAGCUCACCAAGGCAUCAUUACUGAAGCCCAAGCAAACAGACUUGAGCUCACAAUUACCCUUUCCCAAACCUCAGAAUACAUCUUCCCUAGACCUUUGCUGGACAUCACCUUCACAGAGGUCUACUCAAAGAGUGUUAAGUUCAUCAUUAUACUCCCUAAAUCAUCAAGAAACACCUUCCCCAGACUACAUAUGGACAUCAUCAUCUUUGGGACCUAAUCAAAGAGCCUUUAACUCGGCAUUAUCUCAGUCCAAGCCUCAGAAAACAACGUCAUUGGAUAGCCUUUGGACAUCAUUAUUACCUCACAAUCAAAGAUCUUUAAGCUCACCAUCACUCAACUCUACACUUCAAAUAAAUGACUUGCUUCAGACAGAGCCUUCUUUGGAGCCCAGUCAAACAGAUCUGAGCUCACCAUUCCCUGACUCCAUAGCUCAGAGAACACCUAUAUUGAGCUCUAAUUCCAGUGUUCUGAGAUUACCAUUGUCCAAUUCAAAACCAAGGAAAUCACCUUUACCACAUUCCGUCCAUCAGUCAAAGAGUUUGCCAUUGUUCCAGCCUAAAAUGCUUGAUCGUGACUUCAGGACUCUGAGCUCAACUGUGUGUCACACCAAAUUUCAGAACACCACUUCAUUAAGUGACAAACCCAAAGCUGCAGAUCUUUCUUCACUCCACCCUAAAUCAAAUACCUCAGGUCAAUCAUUAUUAAGCUCCAAACAUGGCGUCAGGAACAUAGCUGCUUUAACACUGAGCUCCAGACUACAGAGUAAAAGCAGUUUGUCUCUUUAUGAAAAGACAGAAUCAAAUAAAGAAAUUCCAUGGACUUUUGACUGUAUUUAUCCCUGCAUUGUUAAAGGUGGAACUGUCCCUGAUGAUGUUGUAAAUAAAAUUGUCAAUUCUCUCUCCAAGACUAGAAUUCAGAGAGAUCUCUGUAGGCAGAUUCUCUUUCGAAGGAUGAGGGGAAGGCCAAAUCCUCGUCCUGGUCCUCGCCUUUCAUCAAGUUAUAUGGUUUGUUUAGCUUGUGCUUCCUGCAUAAAAUCUCAGUGUAACCAUCUUACAGGAAGGAAAGAUCCUCGUGCUGCUACACUAUUUGUCAUACCAACACCCGAGCCUACUUCUGAGGGAGAAAUAGAGGUGAAACUAAUUUUUAUCCUUUCCCUACCAGAGACUUCUCUUUCAACUUCUCUCCCACUCCCUGUGAAAGAAAAUCAGCCAGAUGAAGUUCCAGAUGAAAACCUUGACAGACUGGAGAAGAUAUCACAAAUUUUCCCUACAUCUGAACCUGAUAUCACCCAGGGGGUUAAUACACAGAAAACAUGUCUGGCAGUAGCCCCUGAAAACCAAGUUGUUAGCCAACAGCCCCAGGCUAUUGACUGGCUGCUUUAUGUAAAGAAAAGUAGUUAUCCUCAGUCAGAAUCCCUACUCCCAUCCUCUUCUUCCUCUAUAUCUUCCUCCUCAUCCUCCUCUUCGUCUUCGUCUUCCUCUUCCACUGUCCCUCCUGCUGCCCCUUUACUGCCUCCUUCAAAAGAGUCUCCCGGAGCAUCUUCCCUCUCAGGCUGUGCUUUCCCUAAGGUACUCAGUUACCACCGGUUGCCUCCAGGGGUCUCCUGGCUUGAGUUUAUAUGUAGCAAAAAUCACCAGCCACUUCCUGGAAAACCACAUCAAAGCCAAUCACCACCUCCCAAAACAAGGUCUAUGAGGAAUAGCACCACAGUAAAAAGGAGAAAGGGACCAAAGAUAAUGUUGAAAAUUUUCCAGACAAAGUUUCAGAAUGAGAGAAAUCUUGAUUAAGUUAACUUUUGUGUUUCUUUGAGAGCAAUUGACCGAUUAGUUUUUUGACAUUAGAGUUUGAUUUCCUAGCAUGCUUAUUAAACUUUAGUAUUAACUAAGUGUGACUCUGUUUUAGCUGAUGAAGCAACUAGUAAAGGGAAAGUAUUACUCCUAAGGUUAUUUUCUAGUUAAAUAAUAGACCAGGAUCACCCAGAAGCCAAAAUUGAAUCCAAAGUUUUUAACCAAAUUCCUGGCUUAUAGUAGCCACUAUAAAAUAAUUGUUAAAUGAAUUGAUAAUAAUUGGCCCCAUUUGUCUUGCUGUGAACAGUAUCUAACUCAUUGCUGUUCUCCUUUCCCAUAAGACAUAAGAAUGAUGGUAUCCUUGAACCAAUUUAUGCUAAUCUGUUUCCCUGCCUCUAAAGAAAAUUCAGAUCAUGUUCAACAGGUAAGGCUAUAUAGAGAAAGGCAUCUUUUCAGUUAUGUGUUCCUAGGGAAAAUUCUUCUAUGCUAAGAUACUACAUUCUGAAAUGCAGUGAUUUUACUUAAUCUUCGUUAGCAAAUCUCAAGAAAUAACUAACUGGUACAGAUAACCCUACUUCAUGCUGACUGUUCAUCACUUCUACCUAUACAACCUAAAUGGGUUAAUAAAAAUGUUUUAAAAAUGUUUUUGGUCCAUUGGAUCUACUAAUAGUGGGAAAAGAAGGGAAUUGUCUUACCUAAUCACCUUCAGGGAUUAUCACUAUCCCCAAGGGCUGGAAUUAGUUUCUCUUGCAUUUUUUAAUGACUCAUAGUUCUGCCUUUCAAUUCCACAUCUUUUCUAGUCACCAGGUUUCAUAUAGGCUAUUUCCAAAUGAAACAUAUUGCACAAACUUCUCAAACUCAACAUGGUCAAACCAGAAUUUAUCAUCUUUUAUUUUACAAUUUUCAUUUUUAUAUUACAACCCUCUGCUCUCCGUGUUCCCUAUUUCAGAAGGUGUACCACCAUCUGUCAUGGAGUCAUGUUUGACUUUUUUCUAAUUGUUUACCCCUCUCCAAGUCCAUGAGUUCCAUGGCGUUUUUAUCUCUAAAAUCCAACUUUUUUCUGCAACCCCAUUGCCAUUGUCUUGUUGUGGUCAUAGCAUUUGUCAGGUAGAUUGCUGCAGUAGCUUCUAAACAUGAAUUUUAACUUUUAAAUGCAGUUUUGGGAAAAAAUUUAAUCGCAACAUUUUGCUAUUUACCACCAUUUUAUCAUUGUCCAUUGUUUACUGAGGAAAGUCUAAAUUCCUUUUAUGAUUGAAUCAUGAUAAUCUUUCAAAAUUCAUUUCUUAUUCUUCUCUAUUCUCAGUCACAUUAAUUUCUUUAAAGUGAAAAGAAUGUGCCAAGGCCUCUGUUGCAUCCUUCACUUCUAAUAUAACAAUUUUGCUGUCCAGAAAGAUCUUUCUGUCUACAUUUUUGCUCUACAGGGCUCUGUUUUAUCUUAACAUCUUCUGAGAAGGCUUUUGCUGAUCCACUUACAAAGAAAGGAUUUAAUUGGCCUUCUUUUUUAUCAUGAAACUGUUUUUAUUCUUUGUGCUGCUCUUAACCAUAUUAUAAAGCAAUUAUAUCUUGUCUGUCUUCACUCACUAGACUGAACAUUUCUUGUUCACCUUGUUAUUUCUGUUUUUUACCUUUUCCUUGAAAUAGAGUACAUUCCUGAAAUAUGUGUUGAUAUUGAAACAAUGCUAUUGAAGCUCUUCAUCUUUUUUUAAUUCUAUGUGUAAUGGUGCUUCAUCUGUUUGCUUCUUUCCCAUUUUAGUAUUGAACUGUUUUUUGUACAUUUUGUCUUAGUAAGAACAUAUGUGAAAACAUUACUGAAGACAGUACUGAUCUGUGCCUUAUUUCUCAUGUUAAAAGUGUUCCUUUCUAGUAUUUCAGUAUUAAAUAUGAUGUUUGUUUACACAUAGCUGAUCAAUGAUGAUUAGGAAGAACUUAAGUAUGUGAUAAUGUGUUUAAAGCUUCCUUUAACAUCUUUAGAAAGCCAUUUUCUUAUGCUUUAUUCAUCUGAAGCAUUUCUUUUGAAGACACACAUCACUUGUAUAAUUACUUAUUUAAUAUGUUCUCUACUGGACUAAACUUCAUGAGUGGAGAUCCUGUAUCUACUUUGCUUACCACUAACUUCUCAAAAUCUGGUGAUACCUGGAAUAUACCAACUAUUCAAUAAAUGUUUAUGGAAUUAAAUUAAACUGAGUUCAAUUUAUUUUUAUAUCUUCAUUUACAUGU